GCGACAGUUAUAUUAAAACUAUCAAAAGGGCCGGGAGAAAAUCGAAAUAUUUAGCGUACAAACUAUGCAGCACCGAAUAGGCCCAUAAAAAGGUGAAAGGAGAAUGGCGGCCUCCAUCAUUGAUGACUGGCAGUCCUGCAGAAACAUACAGUACUGUAAUAAAUACAUGUGGACCAAUCAGAUUGCUUGUGACAUAGAGUUCCUGGUGGGAGAGAACAAGGAGAGGGUGGCGGCUCACAAGUAUGUUCUGGUCAGCAGGAGUUGUGUCUUCUUCUCCAUGUUCUGUGGACCCCUUGCUGAAACACAAAGGGAAAUAACUCUACCUGAUAUCGAGCCUCCGGUUUUUAAGGCACUGCUUGAGUUUCUCUACACAGACUCUGUAGACCUACAGCCAGAUAUUGUUCUGCCAUUGCUGUAUGCUGCCAAGAAAUAUUCCAUCCAGGCCCUGGUGAAACAGUGCAUUCAAUAUCUUGAACUGGAUCAAACCACAGAGAACAUCUGUGCUAUUCUUGAACAAUCACAUCUGUAUGAUGAACAUGAACUUCAGAGGAAAUGCAUGAGCUACAUCUGUCGUCACACUAAAGAGGUAUUACAUUCAGAAGAUUUUCUGAACCUCUCCUCCAAAUGUCUUGAAGUUAUUUUAUCCAGUGAUGAAUUACAGAUUGAUGAGAAAUCAGUUCUAGAUGCUGCCCUGAAGUGGGCAGUUGCUCAGUGUGAGGUGAAAGGUUUGGACAUUAAUGCAGAGAACCAGAGGAAGGUUCUGGGGGACAUUAUCUAUCUGGUUAGGUUCCCCUUACUCGGGGAUCAAUAUUUCACUGAGGUUGUUGCAGAUAUGGACAUUCUGACUGAUGCUGAAAAAGUGGAACUCUUCAAGUUCUUCUUCAAGAAGGAGAGAAGUAAGAAAUGUAAGUUCAUUGCAAUAAAUAGAUACUCGGGAUUGGACUCUCCUACCUCCAUGACGACAUCUUUCCAUUCGGACGUAAAUGACAGUCGACCCAUACAGACUUGUAUCCGGUAUCAGACGGUUUACGAGGAUGGUUCAUGGUACUGUGGUGGUGAACCAGACGCCAUCUCCUUCACCUGCAAUGAGAAGAUCUCCCUGCAUGGUAUCCUUGUUUAUGGAUCGUACAUUGGAGAGGGAGUGUACGAUGUGACCUGCUCCAUUUACGAUACGAUGGAAAUAGAAAAGGUCACCAGAAAAACCAGGUUAAAAACCAGCGAGAGCCAGCACACAUAUCCAAUCCUAUUAGAGACGCCCAUAGAUAUUGGACCAGGAAAGAAGCACUCGUUAGUGGUGAAACUAAUUAGCUCUGAC